AAGUUGGCAAAGUAAAAGUCGGGAUGGCCACCUCAUCCUAACGUCUAAACAGACUGGUUGCAAUAAUUUAGAAUUGUUAGUAUACCGUGAAAUUUAUUUGAAAUUUGAUAAGAUGGAUUUCAGUCAUUGCUUCCUUGUUUUCAUUAGUCUUAUAGUUUGUACAAACUGUAUUAUGUGGAAUUUAAAACCAAAUAGUCGAAAAUGUUUACGGGAGGAACUUCAACAAAAUAUACCUGUAGUCGGGGAAUUUGAUGUUUCAGAAGCCCCUGGACAAACAGUCAAUUAUGUUGUAACAGAUUCCAAGGGUCAUAUAUUGGCAAAAAGAGAAGCAAUUUCCAAAGGAAAAUUUUCUUUUAACACCGAGAGUUUCGAUACCUACGAAAUCUGCUUCAUAUCACAAGUUGCACCUCAUAUAGCUGGAGUAACUCAAGAAGUUUCGUUGGUUACGAAGCAUGGUAUAGAAACAAAAAAUUAUGACACUUAUGGCGAAGCUGCACAACUUAAACCAAUUGAGAAAGAAUUAAAAAGAUUGGAAGAUCUAUCUGAUGCCAUUGUCCAAGAUUUUGCAAUUAUGAGAAAACGAGAAGAAGAAAUGCGAGAUACAAAUGGUAAUUAUAUUUUUGCUACAAGGGUUUUUGUAUGUCGCUAAAAAAUGUAUGCUAAUGCAUAUUAAUUUAUUUAGUAAAUUGUUUUCUGCAUUUAUAAGUAUUGGUCUGAAUUUAGAGACAGAUUAAAUGCAGAAAUAAUUUAAAAAGCCAAUAUAGCAACAGUCUCACUUACUUCUAAACAGUAAAUACUUAUUAAGUGAAAGUGUUUUGUGAUAAUAUGCCUACAUAUUUAUAUAUUUAUACCCCUUACCUUGUCAGUGGCUCUAGUUUGUCUGUGUUAGAAUUUUCAGUGCCUUUGUGUUUUAUAUUUUUAAAUCAUGAUUUUUAUUUCUUAGCACUGAUAUCUACAUCCUGUUUAGUUGCAAACAAACACUCUUAUCAACAGAGAGUAGGUUGAGAGUCUACUAAGCACCUGUGUUUCUUCAAAUAAAAUCUGGUAGUGUGAUUUGUGCAAUAGUGUGUUCUGCAAUGAUAUUUCAUAGUGGCCAAAAGGACAGUUUCUCCUGCAACUAAGGUCACUAAUUUAAUGUUUUGCUUAUUCAUUUCUAAAACAUAUUUUCUUGUAAUGAUGAUUUUUCUCAGUUGAUAUCCAUUGUCCAAAAUAAAUGAGUUUGCAGAAAUUUCUGAAUUGCAGAAAACAGCCACUUUCAGCGAAGAAAAAAAUGAUCUCUUCGAUCAUGGCAAUGCACAUACUUAAACCUCCGUUGUCGUGGCCAAAUUGGUCGAAUUUAGCUACCAGGUGCAGCUUCAUCCACCUUAAUCUCCAGAUUUGGCCCCAUGUGACUUUUUCUUUUUCAAACUUAAAAAAGCCACUGGUCAGGAAGAAUUUGAAUCAAAUGAGGGCGUACCUCGAGAAAACAUAUUUUUUAGAAGGGUUAAAGAAGUUAAAGCAUCUCUAGGUCAAUUGUAUCGAACUAAAAGCUGACUGUUGAAAAAUAAAUUGUCACUUUUACAAAAUAUUUGUCUUAUGUGGGCUAAAGACUUAUCUGAUCGUCCUCAUAUAUCUAUCUUUCAAAGAAUUUUUAUUAUUAAGUCAUGCCUGUCAUUAAAGAAGGCACCUCAAUUAAUAGCCCACGAAAAGAGUGUAACACUUUGAACCAAGAUAGGAGAGCUUUUCUGGUCUCUUAUCCCUAAAUAAAACGCAAUUGUGGGUUACUAUUCAUAUCUCCAAAUUCGUUUGGCACAAAUUUAUAUCCUAUUGUAUAUACUAAAUACAUUUGGUUUGUUUUUAUUUAUUUAUUUCAACGGUAGAACCAUUUACAAUAGAAUUUAAAAAAAUAGUAAAAAUUAAAGAUUAUGUACAAUAGACAUCAAAACAACAACAAAGAAACAUUAAAACAGUAUAUCAAAUCACAAAAAGUAAAAAAUAUCACAUAUUUAGAUUAAUUAGACUCUUAAGUUGCCGUUUGAAAACAUUACUAUUUGGACAGAAUGGAUCCAAUAGGAGGUCAUUGCAAGAGCUGAGCAUUUUCGACAAGGGAAAAUGAUGAACAUAAUCAGUUCUAUGAAAAGAAAUAUAAAAAAGUGCAGUGUGUUGAGUUCUAUGUAUUGUGUUUAAGCACACAUUGCCUAAUAACAGGAACAAAUAAUAACGUUAUUUAGAAUUUUAAACAAAAAUAACAUAUCAGCUCUCAUCCUGCGGUUCUUCAGUAUAAUAAUGUUAAAUUGAGACAUUAUUACAGAAUAAUCUAUGAAAUAAUUUUCAGUAUUUGUUAUAUUAAUAUCUGCUUUAAAAGCUAAAGAUCUUAGAAACUUCUGCUGAACGUUCUCCAAUCCAUCAAUGUAGACUUGAUGAAAUGGGGACCAAACAACAGAGCAGUAUUCAAGACCUGAGCGUACCAGAGAGCAAUACAAUAUUUUGAAUACAAUAGGUGAGAAAUUGUGACUGUUAUGAUAAAUAAAACAAAGAUUAUGAAUUCCUGUUUCCCUAAUUUUAAGUAAAUGGCUUCUAAAUGUCAAUGCACAAUCCAAUAAUACACCCAAAUCUCUAAUCUUAUUAACUGAAUCCAAGAGUAUAUCAUUAAGAACAAAUCUAUUAGUUAUUACAUUAUUUAUAUGACCAAAUGAAAUACAAGAAUAUUUAGUUGGAUGUAAGCUUAAACCAUUUUGUUUCGACCAUAUAUUAUUUAUCUUAUCUUGCAAGAGAUCUCUAUUUGAUUUUUCAUGUAUAUAACGAAAUAACAUCAUCAUCAGUAAUCAUCAAUAAAUAUCAAGAUGUGUGAGUUUUUGAUAGCCUUUUGAUCAAUAUCGUUAAUGAACAAGGUAAAAAACAAGAGACCACAAUGAAACCCUGUGGGACACCAGGACAACAAUGGAAUUAUUUUGAUAUAUAAUUGUUAAUAUGAACUUGCUGUGACAGCACCAAGGUAUACAGCACUAAUGACUAACUUUUUUGUGCCACACAUUACCUGUAUAAAAACAUGUUCCACAGACGAAUCAGUAGGCCUAAACAUAAUUGAAGAAUGAUGUUUAGUUGCUUAUGAACAGUAAUAAGAACACCACCACCACGAGUCUUUGAACUAGUUUGAGUGUCCCUGUCAUGUCUAUACACAUUAAAUUCGCUCAAUCCCAAUUCAGCAUCUAAUGUUCUAGAUGUAAGCCAGUUCAAUAAUAAUAAUCACUGUAACAUCAUAACUAGAGCAUGUCUGAAAUUCUGAAGUUUAGUGCACAUACCGCCAAAAUUCUGAAAAUAUAAGCUCAAUGAUCGUUUUUUGAAUUAUUGGAUUUACUGACAAUGAUUUUGGGUACCCCAUUAAAGUACUUAGUCUUCAAAUCAUUCUCGUCCUGUUUUUCUGCAUUCUAACUCCUGAUAAAAAAAGGUUUAAAGGUGCUGUUCGUUACACCUACUUUAUUGAAAAUUCCUUGGACCUCAUUCCUUGUUUUAUUUUAUUACCACCCGAUUUGGAUAACUGACCUACAUAAUUGGUGAAAAGUGAAUCACUCAGAACUUUCAUCAUAAUUUAUAUUUCUCAUUUCUAAUAAAUGUAUAAAAAGUAAAAAAUAUUUUUUGGAAAUCUUUUGUAGAUUUGUCACUUUAUAGACUAUAGUAUUAACAUGUUUAUGUACUUUUUUAGAGUCAACAAACAGCCGUGUACUAUACUUCUCGGUAUUUUCUUUGUGCUGCCUGAUGGGAUUAGCCACGUGGCAGGUUCUGUACUUAAGGACUUACUUCAAGGCGAAGAAACUCAUCGAAUAACGAGAAGGAAGGGGUAUCUACCUAGAUUUAUUUUUGUAAAAAGAACUGUCACAAUUACUGUAAAAACAUUGCGAAGAUUUUGUGUUAUUUAUUUGUACAUCUUGGUCUGUUUUGUACUAAAUAAGUUGUUAAUAAAAGUUCAAAACCUCAAAGGUUUUAUUCACACUGUUUUUUUAAA